AUGGAUUUAAGUAAAUUUAAUCUUGGAAGUUAUAUCCCAGCAAUGCCAUACGUUGUUCGAGAACUCUUUGAUAAAGCAACAAAUAUCGUCAUGAAUUACACAGAUACAGAAGCAAAAGUUGUCGAAGCCACGAACGAUGAAUCGUGGGGUCCGUCUGGUACGUUACUACAAGAUCUUUCCCAGUUAUCUUUUUCACCCGAAAAUUACAACGAGUUGAUCGGAAUGUUGUGGAAACGCUGUUUUGGUCAAGACAAGAAGAACUGGAGACGAACAUAUAAAUCACUUCUCGUUUUAACGUAUUUAAUCAAAAAUGGUAGCGACAAGGUGAUUACCUCAACGCGCGAACAUCUAUACGAUUUGAAGAGCUUAGAAAACUUCGCAUAUCAUGACGAACAUGGCAAAGAUCAAGGAAUUAAUAUUCGGCAUAAAGUCAAAGAAUUGAUCGAAUUCGUUCAAGACGAUGAUCGUAUUCGUGAAGAACGGAAACGUGCGAAAGCCAAUCGAGAUAAAUACAUUGGUUUAAGUCAUGAAUCUUCACCUUAUAGCUACAAUGAUCGAUGGAAAGAUAAUGAUCACACCGAACGUCGAAAGUCCAAACCAGAGCAAAGUUCAAAAUCGCCAGACUACUGCGCUGAUGUUAGCGACGAGGAAAAUCAAAAAUCAAAAAGCUGGAAAAAAGAAGAAAACCAUACAAAAACUAAGUCUUCUACUGAUAUUAAACCAACCGAACAGCCAGUUGUCGAUCUGUUAGGAGACGAUGUCGAUUUUACAUCUUAUGUCCAAGCGCCACAAGAUGAUGAAUUCGGUCAAUUUCAAGAAGCGGUGUCACCAACUGCUUCAAUUCAACCAUCGCCUUGGCCAACUACAUCGUCAGACACCUUUGAUCCAUUUGCGUCUUUGGAGACAGCAUCUAACGUUGUUCAACCAACGCCACCUACCUCUUCCAAUGAUUUAAACUUCUUCAUGGCACAACCGAAUCUCUUCGCAAUGAACGCUCAAGAACAAACAUCUGUCCGAUCGGCUAUGUUUCAACCGCAACAUUCGAUGCAGCCAUUCAUAGCACAGCAAAUGAAUACAAAUUCCUUCAAUAAUACAUGGUCGUCUGCUCAAGGCAAACUAGAUAUUUCAUUGAAUAAUUUAGUGCCAUAUACACGUGGCAAUUCUCAAAAAUCGUCUGUACCACUGAAUCAAUUGACCAGUCCGACAAGUCCAACCCAUACCGAUUUUUCUCUAUUUGAAAGCAAUACUCAAUCAAUAUUUUCGAGUGCAAAUAAGAAAUAG